AUGAGUUUCAACGACAAGCUGGCGAAGUUGGAUAACCGCCUUUGGUUACAGAGGACAGUGAGAAAGGGCAAAGACUUGUGGGCGGAGGUAGAUUGGAAUCAGCCAAGGCCAUACACUUCCUGGUUCGACAGAAAUAUUAGCUCCGGCCAGAACGCAGGCUCAAGCCUCAAAGUUGAGAUUCAUGUGAAGACAGAUGGUCUCGCCACUGGAGUGGAAGAAUACCUCGGUCAGAAGACCAGGGAGGAGCUCGAGGAGGAGCGCCGUCAGGCGGAAGAAGAGGCUCGGGGCCCCGCCCACACGCGGUCAUACCAGCGAUUGAAAUUCCGGUACCAGUCAAAGGAGCCGCAGUACGCGAUCGGCACAAAGAGCUUGUUUGUGGGGGAAACAUACGUCCUAGAGAACGACGUGGGCGGCGACGGCGACGACGACGACGAUGUCUACUAUGACCCGGAAGACGAUGUCGUUGCCAACCCACGCGUUAGGGUGGCCGAUUUGGAUACCAACGUGUAUUAUGAGGAGGAAGAGGUGGAGGAGGAAGAAGAAGAAGAAGAAGAAGAAGAAGAAGAAGAAGAAGAAGAAGAAGCAUUCUAUGUGCAACAGCAAUCUAAUCCGAGAACAAGACUCACAGAAAUGAAUGGAAACAAUAUCUUGAAAGAGAACACAAAUCUUACCAGGAACACCUUUAUAAUCGCGCGGACGACAUAA